CCCAGCCGGUCUCGAGCAGCUGAGCGUUUGCGGCGGUGUACUUACCGCCUGACCGAACCGGAAGGGCCUGUGGGCCACCGCUGCCUACGUCCGCGCCUGCCCUCGUCGCCUCAGACCGCCCUAGUUCCGCUGCGCCCGAGCCCACGGGUCAGUGUCUUGUGACUGCCCAGACCCCGAGAGUGAACCACACACCAGGGCGACUGCGGCCAGAUCCCCGCGCGGGAACCUUCAGGGUCCUGGUCCUUUUAGGUUCUCUGGAAGCAGGCCUGUCUGUUCUGUUCCAUGGAGGCACUCUGGGCCCUCUGUCUAGCCUGGGCUGCAGGCCUGGCCACUACCAGCCCACCGAACAUUGUGCUGAUCUUUGCUGAUGACCUGGGCUAUGGGGACCUGGGUUCCUAUGGGCACCCCAGUUCUACCACCCCCAACCUGGACCAGCUGGCUGCAGGGGGCCUGCGGUUCACAGACUUCUAUGUGCCUGUGUCUCUUUGCACGCCCUCCCGGGCUGCCCUCCUGACUGGCCGGCUUCCUGUGCGGAUGGGCAUGUACCCUGGAGUUCUGGGACCCAAAUCUAAGGGAGGGCUGCCCCUGGAGGAGGUGACCCUGGCUGAGGUCCUAGCUUCCCAUGGAUACCUUACAGGGAUGGCUGGCAAGUGGCAUCUUGGGGUGGGGCCAGGGGGGGCCUUUUUGCCCCCCCACCAUGGCUUCCAUCGAUUCCUGGGUAUCCCGUAUUCCCACGACCAGGGCCCCUGCCAGAACCUGACAUGCUUCCCACCAGCCACCUCCUGUGAUGGCACCUGUGACCAGGAUGAGGUUCCCAUCCCAUUGUUGGCCAAUCUAACCAUAGAGGCCCAGCCUCCCUGGCUGCCUGGACUAGAGGCUCGAUAUGUGGCUUUUGCCCGAGACCUCAUGACUGAUGCCCAGCGCCAGGGUCGUCCAUUCUUCCUGUACUAUGCCUCCCACCACACCCACUACCCUCAGUUCAGUGGGCAGAGCUUCGUGGGGCGCUCCGGCCGAGGGCCAUUUGGGGACUCCCUGAUGGAGCUGGAUGCAGCCGUGGGGGCCUUGAUGCUUGCCCUGAGGGACCUGGGGCUGCUUAGAGACACACUGGUCAUCUUCACUUCUGAUAACGGACCCGAGACUAUGCGUAUGUCCCGUGGCGGCAACUCUGGCCUCCUGAGAUGUGGGAAAGGGACGACCUUUGAGGGUGGUGUCCGAGAACCUGCUGUGGCCUUCUGGCCAGGCCACAUCACUCCAGGUGUAACUCAUGAGCUGGCUAGCUCCCUGGACCUGCUUCCCACUCUGGCAGCCCUGAGCGGGGCCUCCUUGCCCAAUGUCACCUUGGAUGGUAUGGACAUCAGUUCUGUGCUGAUGUCCUCAGGCAAGAGCCCUCGAGAGUCUCUCUUCUUCUACCCGGCCUUCCCAGAUGAGAUCCAUGGGGUCUUUGCUGUGCGGAGUGGGAAGUAUAAGGCUCACUUCUUCACCCAGGGCUCUACGCUCAGUGAUACCACCCCAGACCCUGCCUGCCAUGCUGCCAACCCUCUGACUGCUCAUGAUCCCCCACUGCUCUAUGACCUAUCUGAGGACCCUGGUGAGAACUACAACCUUCUGGAGAGAGAGGCUGAGGUCACCCCAGAGGCUCUAAGAGCAAUGAAGCACCUUCAGCUACUAAAGGUCCAGUUUGAUGCAGCCAUGACCUUCGGCCCCAGCCAAAUGGCCCUGGGUGAUGACCCUGGCCUGCAAAUCUGCUGUAAGCCCAGCUGUACCCCUUACCCAGCCUGCUGCCACUGCCCAGAUGCUCUUGUCUGAAUGCCACAUCCAGGGGGGAUUUUCCAAGGCCCCGGCCCUGGGCAGAUCAAGGUUGGGCACUGUGAAGGGUGGGGUACAGAUGUAUAGAGAUAGUUUGUACUGAUACUGUAAUUACACCAGUUGAGACUUGUAAA